AUGGACAACCAGGCAGAAGGAUCACUGUAUGAUGAUGAAUAUGACUAUGAAGAUGAGGCAAUGACUACAAUUUCUGGCCUAGAUGUUUUUGGUGAAAGCCUUAAUUUACACGCAAACUUCAAUGAAAUUUCAUAUCCGAUCCGUUACAUCAGCUUUGUGUUAUCUGUACUCACCUGUGCUCUGGGCUUAGUCGGCAAUGCUCUGGUUAUCUGGGUUACCGGAUUCCACAUGAAGAAACACACUUGCAAGAUUUGGUUUCUGAACUUGGCUGUGGCAGAUAUUGUCUUUGUCUUCUGCUUGCCUCUUUAUGCUGUUGCCUUACUUACAGACAAGUGGCCAUUUGGACGAUUCCUAUGUAAAGUCUAUAACUAUGUAUCGACAUGUAAUAUGUAUGUGAGUAUUUUUAUCAUAACUACCCUAACCCUUGACAGAGUUCUGGCAACGGCUAAACCAAUAUGGCACCAUAAGUUUAGAUCUCGCUGUAUUUGUUACUCAACCUGCGCAGUGAUUUGGAUAAUAACGGCUCUGUCCAGUCUUCCGGUAUUCUUUUUCAGUGAUGAAGUUAUUUACGGUAAAAACGUGCAGUGCAGAUUGGUCAAUGUAGAACAGAGCUUAACUACACUCAGCAUUAGGAAAAGAGCAGCAAAUUACAGUGCUGGAAAUGAUACACUUUCUACAGGCUCAAUUCUGGAUACAUUACCAGUUCUCCAAACAUCCUUUUUAACAAAUGGUAUUCUAAUUCCUGCACUAGUGGUCGGUUACUUUAUCCCAUUGUUUGUCAUACUUAUUUCUAAUAUAAUUAUUGCUAAGCAAGUGAAAAAAUCUAAAUCAGUGAAGCCCCACAGACUCUCCUGUGGGCUUUGCCAUUUCCAUUUGAUGGGUAAACAACUGCAUAAAAAAGGAAUGAAAUUCAUAAUUGCACGCUUUGAAGUGAAUCUGUUGGCAUUUGACUCUAAGACUGAGAUAAGACAAGAUCCUGAGCAGCUUGUGCGGCAGAAGCAGGUGUUUGUUCUCAGUUCCUUUUUGCCUUGGAUGAAAACAGUUCUCAGAUCAGAUCAGUUUGUUCUUCGUUAUUACACGUAA